AAUACUGACAGCCUUUGCAAUGUAAAUAGCGCUACACGCUGAUUGGCGCGGCUACAUCAAAGCAAAUGACGUCACCGUGUACAUUGCCUGUCGGCGGCGGGCAUGUGGCUUUGAUGUUCAAAAGUUUGGGAGAUUUUUCGCCAUUUUGGAUGCACUUUAGCGUUUCUCUUGAGCAAGACGGAUACUUCCCUCUCUCCAGUAAAUCGACGACCCUCCUUCAGCGCUCUUCCGAGACAAUGUGCCAGGCAUGACCUCGCGGCAGCGACGGCCACGUCAAGAAGCCAGCGCCGCCGCGCCGCGGACGAGGACGCUUAGCGAGCGUGCUGCCGCGACCUCGGGCGCGACCUUGGGUUCAUCAUGAGCGCGCUAGCGGCGGUGGUCACCGACGAGUUAGGGUCAGAUUUCGCCGAGCUAGAGCCGCGGCCGCCGGUCCCCGGCAAGGAGGAGGGACUCCGAGAGAACGAACCGAAUGGCGGGAAGCGCGUGGCGCCGCGCGGAGCGUGGGGCGACCGCGACUCGCCCGUAGCAACGCCGCGUCGCUCGCUACUCGACCCCGGCGGAACUACCGGGAAGCCCGUUACCACGACGACGACGACGACGACGACGACGGAGACGAUGGAGGGGAAGGGGAAGGACGUCGGGGAGGCGCCGCUCGGGUUCGAGCCGGAGGGGAGCGCGAGCACGACGCCUCCGUUCGCGGAGACGCCGGCGACGCCGCCGUACCUGCGCUGGGCGGCGAGCAUGCGCAACCUUCUCGACGACGCCGAGGGCGUCGAGCAGUUCCGCAGCUUCCUGCGGCAGGAGAACGCGGAGAACCUGCUCAUGUUCUGGUUCGCGAUCAAGUCGCUGAAGAUGAUGGAAGACGGCGUGCGGAUCGCGCAGCUCACGAAGGUCAUCUACCGGACGUACAUCCGCGCGCACGGCGAGCAGACGCUCGCGAUACGCCCGGACGUGCGACGCGCCGUCGCCGAGCGCUUCAGCACGAAGGUCGCCGACCGAAACAUCUUCGACUGCGCGCAGUGCGAGAUCGAGCAGCUUCUAGAGGGCGCCAUGUACCCGCAGUUCCUCAAGUCGGACGUCUACCUGCAGUCGGUGCGCGCGGCCGGCGACGCGAGCCCCAAGGUGGCGCCGGCGUCGGGGGGCGACGACUCAUCUCUCCCAGCAGGGGCAGCACUUUGGUGGCGACCGAGGAAGGAGGGCGCCGGGGUUCUCCUUCCCGCGGACGUAGAGGUCCCUCCUCCGGCGAGGUUUCUUUUGUCCGGCGGUUAUUGGGGGUGGCGACCGAAGAGGGAGGCCGGAGGGGUUCUCCCUCGCGAGGACGUAGAGGUCCCUUCCUCCUGA